GCGCAUUAAAACAGUGUUCAACUUUCGACUAGCGGUUGGUAGCAGUGUGUAAAAGAAAUAAAUAAUCAAAGCGACCAUGAAGUGACAAAUAAAGUUGAAGAACAAUGAUCGCGAGAGGUCGAAAGAUUUAAGUGCGGCGUGCGUUGGCCCCAGUUCCGAUUGUUUUGGGUGCUUAAGUGUUAGUGAAACGAGUUCAGUUGCACCCAGGAAACAAGCUACUUCGAGAUGCGCGCUGCCUACUUAUCGUGGACCCGGGGGUGACACUUUGCUAUUUCGCCAGUUUUCCAACUCUCCCGAGAUCUUCGAACGCACUUUUUGCAGUCUUCCUUGCCGAUUUCGGAGGCGUUCUCCGAUCGUGUAAUUUAGUGAUAUUCACGAAGUUUAUGAAUUCGAUGUGAGAUUAAACUAAAAAUCUUGGCUAAUUAAACCGGGGUCACUCUUGACUCCUAGUGCACACACACUGGAAAUCACAGUCCUCUAUAACAUAGUGCAAAACUUCCAUAAGAAUGCUCCCGCGUUUCUUUAUAAAACAAACGCAUAUUUAAAACUUGGUGUUAAAAGAAGUUGUUCUGGAUUAACCUGUAUUUUGGGGUCCAGCAAGUUAUUAGCUCACUUUGUUGUCUAAAGGAUAAAAUCUGACAAUGAUUAUUGUCAAUUUAAGCUGCUUGAAAAUCUAAAUGAGAGAGAAGCUCCUAUUUGAGCCUGCAAAUAUGAAGACGGAAAAGAAAACAAGUGAACCUAGUUGUGUACCCACAACAGUGGUGAAGGAGGAGCCCGAUGCGGAUCGUGUUAAAAUCAAAGAAGAAUCAAGCUCUGGUAAUAACGAAGAUUCAACCACUGAGGACACAACUGAAUGUCCUAGAGAUCCUUCACUAGAUUCAGCAAAUGGAGAAAACACAAUGUCAUCAGACAACCAAAACGGCAAUAACAGCCAACCGAUACUUAAUUCCGUUAAACAAGAGGAUAAUAAUCCAACGGACGAACUUCCAGGAGUGGAUUGUCCCACAAACGUUGGAAUUCCACCUGAAGGUGUUCAACCACUAGUGAGUAAUGUUCUUGCAAAACAAAUGGGCAGCGGUGCGAGUAGUGGAGAAGCUCAAUAUAUGCAACAGCAGAGUCAAAUUUUCGUGUUUUCGACGGCUUUGGCAAACAAGGGGGCGGAAGCAAUUAUGGCUGGUCAAUAUCCCUCGAUUAUUGCCUAUCAUUGUGCACAACCAGGCACUAAAAAAUAUUUAGAGAAACAUCCAAACAAAAUAAAUCAAUUUCGUCAAAAUCCAGCGAAUUGGUUGAAUAAUCUUGCAAAUUUAAAGCAAAAGGGUCAUCAGGGAGGUGCAAACAGUGGUUUCCCAACAGAACAACCACCAGAAUUGCCAGCACUCGAUCCAAAUGCACCAUCAUUUUGGAAUGAGCAACCAAACAUCAGAAAUUUAAAUGGCAAUAAUUCCCUGGGUAACCCGGAAACGUCAUUGGACGAGCCAAAUAUGGAUGUGCCUUGCCUUGUGCCAACCUCUCCCAGCAAUGCAGCAAACACUCAAGCGCCAACAAAUGCGGCUAUGGGUCAUAGUCCAAAUUUAUUGGGAAGUACAACAAGUCCAGGUCCCGGUGGAUUACAACCUUCUUUGCAGGGUGUUAAGGUUCCCGAUGAGAAUCUCACUCCGCAACAAAGGCAACAUAGAGAGGUCCAAUUGGCGACUAUAAGGAAGAUGCAGAUGAUACUCUUUCCACAGCAAAAAGAAGAUCCAACUGGUUCUUUGGAUGCUCUGCCAGGAGCAACUUCUACAUCCUCUUGCCCACCUAAUGUUCCGCCAGUAUCUUUGCCGAAUCAGUGUCCACCCACAAUGGAUUGGCACAAACUUCAGCAUCCAUUUCUGGAUGGAAAGGGAAAGGUUGGCGUUGGAAGUCCCGGCGGAUCUCUUCGAGGAUCGGGAAUUGUUGGAGGAAUGCCACGCAGUCAAGGUCCACCUCCACCUUAUCAUCAAACAACAAGAUCUGCAAGUGUACCGAUUGCCAUUCAAAGUCCAAAUCCAUCAUCACCGAAUAAUCCCACUAGCAAUUUAUCAUUGCCAUCGCCACGUGCAAGUUCAGCAUUAAAUUCACCAGCCGAUUGUAAUAGACAAUUUCAACUUGGUAAUCAAAGAUCGAGCCAUUUGCCAGGACAAAGUCCGACAAGUCAGGAUUCACCAACUCCCACUGUUGGUUCAGUGAAUACUGCGUCAUCAACGAAAUUAAAUCACAGUAAUCCAGGUACACCAGUUUCACAUGCUCAUCUUGCCGCAUUAAGUCCCAGUGGUGCGACACCGCAAAAGGAUUCUUCACUCGAUUUUCCCACCAAUCAACCGCCAAACGUGGAUGGUAUGUUUGGUCGAACGCUGCAAUCUUUAGCACAACAAAAACAACUUGGAGGAACGGUGAAUGCAGCCGGUGUUAAGGAAGCGAAUCUCAUGCCAGUUCCAAGUCCACAACAAAUACAAUAUUUGAAUACAUUCGAAGGCCAAGAACUUACAAUACAAAAGCAGCCUAACACGAGUCUUAAAGAUGGUAGCUUACCCGCAAGUACAACAAGUAGCAGUACAGAAAUGCCGAAUCGAAUGCUCACCGGAAAUAUGGAGAACAGUAAUCAAUUUUCAAGAUCUGAAGCACCGAGCCCAUCGAUGGAGAGUACGAGUAGAGGAUUCACUGGAUCUCUUCAUAGUCCACAUACGCCUCACACUCCCCAUACACCAGGAAGUGUCACACCGCAUACACCAGUUGAUUCUAAUAAACCGAGUAAUAAAACAACAGCAAGUGCUCAAAGUAGUCCAGCACCGCAUAAUUCAAGUCUUCAGGAUGCAAUGGGACCGCCACGAGUUCCAGCAUCACCGAAUACAAAAUCCGAAACCUCUCCUCCCUCUGCAAAGGACUUGCAACAACAACAACAGCAACAAAUUCAACAACAGCAGCAGCAACAACAGCAACAACAACAGCAAAAUCCUGUCAAUCCUAAUAAUUCAGGCCUCGUACCAUCAAUGGUUGGACCAGGUGGAUCAUUCCCCUGUAGUAGACCUUCAGUUAGUCAAACAUCCGACAAUGUUCCUCUAAAUCCAAACAAUAUGGGCGUACGUCUCGGUGGUUUGGGUUCAAUGAAUACAAAUCAUUUUGAUCCAAUUACAUCGUUAGCACAAAUGAGUCAACAAUUGACAAAUACCGCGGCGAGUAAUGCACUUGGCAAUGAAGGUGGUCCAAUGCAUUCGGCCAAUCCAGGAAUGAUGCCAUUUGGAAAUCCACAUAAUAUGCACAUGAUGCAAAUGCAAGGCGGAGGUGGUGAAUUAAAUGGAGGAUGCCAUAUGCCGGGUGGACCCACUGGUAAUGAACCGGGCGAUGUUACGGGAAUGUGUAUGGGUCUUGGUGGACCACCAACGAGUUACAGUCCAACGCCACACACGGGCAGUCCUGGUGUUCCUAAUAAAAUGCAACAUCAUCAUUCAAUGAUGGGACAUGCAAUGAUGGGUGGUGGUGGAGGAGGUGGCAAUCCAGGUGGACCACAUCCAAAUCCUAAUGUUGGUCCACAAGGAAGUCCUUAUCCUGGUGGUGGAGGCGGUGGAGUUGGAGAUAAUCCACAUGGACCACCACCUAGACUUAUGCCCGGCGGUCAUAAUCAUCCACAUCCUCAUGCACCACAUCCACAUGGACAUUCACAUGUUCACGUCACUGGUCCGAGUCCCUAUAAUGGAGCUAAUAUUCAGGUGAAACCAAGUGCACCGAAUACAAUACAGUACUUACCGGCGAGGCCAAAUGUGAGCCACGCUCCACGUGGACCACCGAGUCUCGAUUUUCUCCAACGCUUCACAAAUCCUCUUCCUGGCCUCGACAACAAAAUGUCAUCGCCUUCCGCGAAUAUACAUUAUUUUCCAAAUGGCUGUGUGCCCAAUAAUAUGGGACAUCAUCAAGGUAUGCCCGGUAAUAUGGUGCCACACGCGGGUGGACCACAAGGACUUCCACCAGGUAUGGGAUCACCGCGUAUGGACGCACAACCACCAAUGAAUCCACAAGUUGCAAUGCAUUCAAUGAGGCCAGUUGGUGGUAUGGUGAGACAACAGCCAAUAAUGAGAAUGCAACAUAUGGUUGGUGGUGGUGUUUUUCCUGGUAGUCCCAUGGAUCAAGAUAAAGUCUUUCCACCCGAUAUGGUGCCAGGUGGACAAAUGCCAGGGCAAAAUAAUAAUCCAGGAAUGUAUGGUUCAUCAAAUAAAGGACCGAUGGGCCUAGGACCACCACCAGAAGCAACACAACCAUUACCACCGAGUAUGGGCGGUGGUUCAAGUAAUUUUAAAAAUAGUCCAUUCGUUGGCGGUGGUCCCAGUAUGUCUGAUCCCACUUAUGCUCAGCAAUUUCAUAAUUUUCAACAACAAUUAUACGCUACUGGCACGAGGGCUAGUGGACCUCCUCCGCAUCCUAAUAUGCAUCCACAGCCCAAUUCACAUUCACAUCAACAGUUCUUCAUGCCCAAAUAAAUGAUUAUUAUUUUUCUUUGGGCAAUAUUCUCCAAUUUUUGGUCUUCUUUACAAAAAAAAAAAACCACUGCCCCUCACGACUCUAUUUUUUCUAUUCUUGAGUCGCCUUUUUACCACCGGCGUCGAAAAAGAUUUAUUUUUUUUUCUUUUUUUUUUUUUGUUCUCUUUAAUGAAAAAUUUCGCCGUCCCAACGCUGAAAACGUUUGCUAAUUGUCAAUCGUGUCAAUGUCUUUAAAUCAAAUCGGUCUGUUUACUUUCGUUUUGUGUGAGAUGGGAAUUUUUAUAUAUAAAUAUAUAUAUUAUAUAGGUAAAAAUUUG